GUGCCAGACAAUGAAGCACAUACUGUAUAUCCAUUGUGAUUUAGGCUUCAAACAUAAUGUGAUUAAAUGCAAAUGCUGAGGUUGUAGCUGAAACUGUCACACCUGGGAAGAGGGGGGUGGGACUACUUUUGGAGGUGUGCUCAUUUACCCCAGCUCCUCCUCUAUGAGUCAACCUGCUCUCCUUCCUUAUGACCCUUCAGCAUUUUGACUGCUGCUGCCAUUUUUUCUCUGCUGCCUGUUUCCUUCACACAUCAGAAGCAAAAUGGCCUCUGGAGUAAAAGUCGCUGACGGAGUGAAGGACAUCUACAAUGCUAUGAAAGUAGUGAAAACAGAUGCUGAUCAGACGGAGCGUAUGAGAUUGGUGGUGCUUCACAUCAGUGGCACUUCUAUUGACGUGGAGAAAAUUUUCCGGGAGAAAGAUCUGGAAGACGUGGAUGAUGUCUACAAGUUCUUCCUGGGUCUGCUGGAUGUUAAACAUUGCCGCUACAUACUGUAUGACUGCCACUUUGAAACCAAGGAAUCAAGCAAAAAAGAAGAACUGGUCUUUUUUAUGUGGGCUCCUGACACAGCACCCAUCAAAGAAAAAAUGAACUAUGCUAGCUCAAAAGAAGCCAUUAGGAAGGUCCUGACAGGUAUCAAACAUGAGCUGCAGGUGAAUGAGUUAUCAGAUUGCAGCGACAGGGAUGCUUUUGCAGAAAAACUGGGGAAAGGCGUAAUCAAAGUUGAGGGCCACCCUGUGAGGUCUUGAGCGCUGGGCAUUUCACAAACCGCUGUUUCAAACCCCUGCUUCAUAACAUGGUCAAUUUAAAGGGAUUUGAGAGGAUAAUGGCAAAGUUUCCAAAUUGACUUUGUUGUUUAGAGUGGUUCAACAAAGCUUAAAGGGAAGGGUUGGGCUCUGGAUGGGAUUAGAUUCCUGUAACACAAACCUCUGAUGUUUGUGCCCCACUAAACUGUCCAGUCACACCAGUUUGGCUGUGAAAUCAGUCUUGUUCAGAUGUAUUUGUUUUUCAUUUUUUGACAUGCUAUACAUUAAUGAUAUUGUCUGUCACUUGACUCUUGGUACAUUUGUAUUUCUCAAAUCAGUAAUUUGUUGUUUUUUAUACAUACAUAGUUUGAAUGCCUGCAUACUGCAGUACACACAAUUUGCCCCCCUUUUAUGGAUUGGUUAAUAAUGACAGGUUCACAGCACACAACUAUAUCCUGUAAAAUAUCCUAAUGAACACCCUACUAGAGUUUACUAGGUCAAAAUGGCUGGGCCUGUAAAUUUUGACAUCUGUUUUUCUUUUUUUUUUCUAGACUGUUACAUUUUGAUGGAGACCUAUAAUAAAGAAUAGCACAACUUUUACAAAGUAACAAAGUUACGCUGAAAUUGCAGCAGUCAUUGCACUGUCUUGAGUAUUGUCAAAUAAAUUCAAUGCAACCAUA